GCGGUCCUGAGGCUGUGGCUACGGCUGCUCCGGAGCUGGUGGCGCCGCGAUAGGAGAGCCGAUGGCCAAGUGGGGUGAGGGAGACCCACGCUGGAUCGUGGAGGAGCGGGCGGACGCCACCAACGUCAACAACUGGCACUGGACGGAGAGAGAUGCUUCAAAUUGGUCCACGGAUAAGCUGAAAACACUGUUCCUGGCAGUGCAGGUUCAAAAUGAAGAAGGCAAGUGUGAGGUGACGGAAGUGAGUAAGCUUGAUGGAGAGGCAUCCAUUAACAAUCGCAAAGGGAAACUUAUCUUCUUUUAUGAAUGGAGCGUCAAACUAAACUGGACAGGUACUUCUAAGUCAGGAGUACAGUACAAAGGACAUGUGGAGAUCCCCAAUUUGUCUGAUGAAAACAGCGUGGAUGAAGUGGAGAUUAGUGUGAGCCUUGCCAAAGAUGAGCCUGACACAAAUCUCGUGGCCUUAAUGAAGGAAGAAGGGGUGAAACUUCUAAGAGAAGCAAUGGGAAUUUACAUCAGCACCCUCAAAACAGAGUUCACCCAGGGCAUGAUCUUACCUACAAUGAAUGGAGAGUCAGUAGACCCAGUGGGGCAGCCAGCACUGAAAACUGAGGAGCGCAAGGCUAAGCCUGCUCCUUCAAAAACCCAGGCCAGACCUGUUGGAGUCAAAAUCCCCACUUGUAAGAUCACUCUUAAGGAAACCUUCCUGACGUCACCAGAGGAGCUCUAUAGAGUGUUUACCACCCAAGAGCUGGUGCAGGCCUUUACCCAUGCUCCUGCAACAUUAGAAGCAGACAGAGGUGGAAAGUUCCACAUGGUAGAUGGCAACGUCUCUGGGGAAUUUACUGAUCUGGUCCCUGAGAAACAUAUUGUGAUGAAGUGGAGGUUUAAAUCUUGGCCAGAGGGACACUUUGCCACCAUCACCUUGACCUUCGUCGACAAGAACGGAGAGACUGAGCUGUGCAUGGAAGGUCGAGGCAUCCCUGCUCCUGAGGAAGAGCGGACGCGACAGGGCUGGCAGCGGUACUACUUUGAGGGCAUUAAACAGACCUUUGGCUAUGGCGCACGCUUAUUUUAGGGCCAGCGGCAGGGGACUCCAGCCUGCUGGACACUUCAGUCCAGCUCUCUCCUGACUGGGGCUUGCAACUCACAGGAUUGCAUCGUCCCAGCUGCUAACUUGGGGCCGGGGCCCCUCCCCUCCACAUAUACCUUGGGUUUGUGCAUGUUUUCUGCUGGGUGGGUUCAGAGGGCAAUUUCUCUUUUAUGUGUACAUAUGCUAAAUAAACAUAAUUUAAAAAACA